CAUGUCGUCUAGCAGUUUUGCAUAAACCCAAAUUUUUUUACAAUUCAAAUCACAUUAGGGAUAUAUUGUAAAAACAUUAUUCAGGACUUGUUUUUUUUACUACAUACAUCUGCAUGUAAAACUAAUAUAGCUAGAAAUGUUUAAAAAGUCGCAUUUAAGUUUUCUUGUCUCGCUAUCGAGAAACAUGGCAGGGCACAGCAAAUGGGCUAAUAUCAAACAUAUAAAAGGUGCUAAAGAUGCUGAAAGGGCUAAUCUGCAUAUGAAGCUUUUUCGACAGAUGAAGGCAAUCAUCAAAGAACAAGGCUCAGCUGAUCCAAAACAAAAUGUCAAACUGGCCCACCUUGUAGAGCAAGCACGACAACACAAUGUCCCAGUAGAGAAGGUGCAGCAAGUACUGAAAAGUGCUGCACAGUCACAAGAAGAUUUAAAACAAUAUAUUCUGGAAGUCAGAGGUCCCAAGGGAACUUUCUUUGUAAUUGAGAUUUUGUCUACCAGUUAUUUAAAAGCAAAACAGGGCAUCAAUACAAUCAACAGGAAGUUCAAUGGAUCCUGGGCCGAUGGAGUUUCAAACAAUCUGUUCAGUCACAAAGGAUUAAUAAAGGUGUUACCACUGUCACAAGGCCAAACACUCGAACAAGUUCUUGAUGAUGCAAUAAAUGUAGGAGCUGAAGAUGUCACAGCGGAAGAGGGAAAUUUUGUCUUUACAUGCAGUCCUAGAGAUUUUUUUAAUAUCAGAAGAGCUAUAAACCAACUGGGCUACAAUAUAAUCGAAUCUGAUCUACAUUAUAUCCCAUUAAGUAGAGUUCAAAUUGAAUCAGAGGAAGAUAUAGCAUCAGUGUCAAAGCUGUAUAGCAAGUUAGAAGAAGAACCUGAUGUUGUAAGAAUUCAUGAUAAUAUUGAAUGAACAAGUGUAGUACAAAAUUGUCUUAGA